AUGUUUACAAUAUUUGCAGUUGAUGACAGGUCGCAUGUCUACAAGCUGUUUUCGAGAGUCAUCACGAACCGCCUCGCACGCAGGUUUGACGACUUCCAGCCUCCCGAACAAGCAGGUUUCCGUAAAGGCUAUAGUACCGUAGACCACAUACAUGCGUUGCGGCAGGUUAUACAGAAGACUGAGGAGUAUAACCUCCCCCUUUGGCUUGCAUUUGUGGACUACGAGAAAGCCUUCGAUUCGAUCGAAACUUGGGCUGUGCUGCAGUAUCUCCAAAGGUGCCAAAUUGACUACCGCUCGAAGUCUAUUCCAUUGCAGCGGGGAGUCAGACAAGGAGAUGUAAUCUCCCCAAAGCUGUUCACCGCUGCAUUGGAGGAUGCCUUCAAGGUUCUGGACUGUAAAGGACGAGGCAUCAAUGUAAAUGGUAGGUCCAACUUCGAGAAAGAGGUCACUCGUCGAAUCCGACUCGGUUGGGCAGCGUUCGGGAAGCUCCAAAGUAUCUUUUCGUCCAAAUUGCCGCAGUGUCUUAAGUCAAAAGUCUUUGACCAGUGUGUGUUGCCAAUGAUGACAUACGGAUCUGAGACGUGGGCGCUAACGAUGGGCCUCAUAAGAAGGCUCAAGGUCACGCAAAGGGCAAUGGAGAGAGCUAUGCUCGGGGUUUCUCUGCGUGAUAGAGUCAGAAAUGAUGAUAUCCGCAGUAGA